UUGAGCCCCAGCCAUCUGCUGAACAGACUGUGGACAGCUUCUGACAUUCCAAGCCCCUCCUCUUGCGGCCCUGGGGUGGUGAGGACUGGUUCCCACACAUUCCCUCUCGGUUCCCUGCACCUGCCGGGACCCCCACCACCUGAGGCACCUCACUGCACACCUGCUGCCCAGCCUCCUCCGCUCUACCGGCCCGGUGUCCUUGCUGUUGAAUGGCCUCCCGGCACCCAGUUCACCUGUUUCAAAACUGCCUUGUGGCGCUCUCAGUGGAUGUCUUAGAAGCUGGUCCUGUCCCCACACAGCUGUCUUCUGCCUGGCAGUUAUCCCCAGGGUCCCUCCUCCUCCUCCACUGCCUCAGAAAAGUGCGACCAUCCAGGAGCCGGCUGCAGGAUGCCCCGGUGGUGUGGAUGAGCUGCAUCCAGCCAAGCCGGCCCAGGCUCGCAUGCCGCCGCCUGGGGCUCCGCGCCAGCGCCCCUAGUCUCCUGACCCGGAGCCUCCAGCCGCCCAUUCCCUCCUGGCCGCCCCGGGGUGCGGAGGAGGAGGCCCAGGGGUGAGCUCCCCGUGCCCGCGGAGCGAGCAAGCAACCAAGCAGGCAGCCGACGGCGGAAGGACCGGGAACAAGGAGCUUCGCGGCCGCCCGAUUGGAAACAUUUUCCCCAAGCGGCUGCACAAAAUGACCAGCCUGUUCCGCAGGAGCAGCGGGGGCGGCGGAGCCGGGGCGCGCGGGGCCGGGGCGGGGAGCGGGGGUGGCGCCGCGGGCCCGCAGGAGCUCAACAACAGCCGGCCGGCCCGCCAGGUGCGCCGCCUGGAGUUCAACCAGGCCAUGGACGACUUCAAGACCAUGUUCCCCAACAUGGACUACGACAUCAUCGAGUGCGUGCUGCGCGCCAACAGCGGCGCGGUGGACGCCACAAUCGACCAGCUGCUGCAGAUGAACCUGGAGGGGGGCGGUGGCAGCGCCGAGGAGGACAGCUCCGACUCGGAAGAUAGCAUCCCCCCGGAGAUCUUGGAAAGGACUUUGGAACCCGAUAGCUCCGAUGAAGAGCCCCCGCCUGUGUACUCCCCGCCAGCCUACCAUAUGCACAUGUUCGACAGGCCUUACCCUCCGACGCCACCGCCCCGGACUGAUGUGCUGGGCUCUGGGCCCUCUGCAAGCCAGAGGCACUAUCGGAACUGGAACCCACCCCUACUGGGCAACCUCCCUGACGACUUUCUCCGAAUCCUGCCCCAGCAGCUGGACAGCAUACAGGGUAACUCCCGGUGUGCCAAGUCUGUGAGCAGAGAGGGAGGCCUGCCUCCCACAGCUGGAGACCAGGACAGCCGCUGGAAGCAGUACCUGGAAGAUGAGAGGAUCGCACUCUUCCUGCAGAAUGAGGAGUUCAUGAAGGAGCUGCAGCGAAACCGAGACUUCCUCCUUGCCUUGGAGAGAGAUCGAUUGAAAUAUGAGUCCCAGAAAUCCAAAUCCAGCAAUGUGGCUGUGGGAGACGACUUUGGCUUUCCCUCUUCUGUCCCAGGAAACAGUGAUGCCAACCCUGCUGUGUCUGAAGAUGCCUUAUUCCGGGACAAGUUGAAACACAUGGGAAAAUCCACCCGGAGGAAGCUGUUUGAGCUGGCCCGGGCCUUCUCUGAGAAGACCAAAAUGAGGAAGUCCAGGAGAAAGCACUUGCCCAAGCAUCAGUCGCUGGGGCCCGCCGCAUCCACGGCCAAUCUCCUGGACGACGUGGACGGCCACGCUUGUGAUGAGGAAACUGAGACCCAAAGAAGAGGAAAGAACUUGUCCAAGGCCCGAGAGUCAGAUGAAGACUUCCGGGGAAGGCGGCAGGAGACACCCAAGAUGGAGGAAGCCCUCAGAGAAGGACAGUAAGAGGUGCCAGCUUCUCCACCUCGCCAGGGAUGCUCUGACCCGACCCGGUGGGGCAGCCGAGGGCAAGGCGGCACCCUGCUAAAGGCCCAAAUGCAGCCGGACUUGAUUUGGAGGCCGGGUAGUUCUCCUGCCAUGGUCCAGCCCAGCCACUGCCACCUUCUGCCGGCCUUACAACUUCGGAGUCACCAUCCGUGAUCGGAGGAGGGGGCUCGGGACCCCUCGAGACAGCAGCUGGUCACAGCCCCUUUUGCAGCCAGGCUUUUCUACAGCAAUGAGUGGAAUCACCAGGAAUCACAGGAACCACCCCUGCCCUACUUAAAGUGCAGAGGUGGGAGUUGGGAAAGAGCAGGAUCACUCUAACGAGGCUCUGAGGCUCUUUGGCCUGGAGGCGAGCUCCCGCCUUCCUCCCUCCCCCUCUCUCCAGCCAGGCCUCAGACUCUGCCCAGCCUCCUACCCCUGGCCCCGGCUCUCUGGGCACUUCGUCCCCUUUCUUAGGCCACCUGCAUCUCAGCCUUUCCCCGGGCUGCAGAGCCGCUUAGAGCCGCGGGUGGGCGUGCCCAGAGGUGGCCCUCAGCAUUCCCCCUUCUCCCAACAGGGUCGGAGGGUGGCCUCCGAGCCGAGGCGGCGUCUGUCCUGCAAGGGUGGGCCUCGGGGGACUCAAGAGUGACGCCCUGGAGAAGGUGCAGGGCCGGGUGGGCGCGCCUGCCCAAAGCCAGAAAGUGGUGGGAGGAGGGAAACUGACUCCGCGACGCUUAACCGGCCACGACCACUGCCAAGGGGAGGGAGACGCCACUCUCCCUGGACCCGGGAGCGCGCAGCCAGCCCAGCCGGGUCCAGCUUCCCUGCGCGGGGUUGCGGGGUUGCGGGGUUGCGGGGCUGGGAGUGGAUCCACAGUAUUUGUGGGGCCCGGUGGCUGCGAGGUAAUGGGGCGUGGUGAGGGGAGCCAGUUCGCGCCUCGCUCCUCGUCCCCCUCCCCUCUUCUGCGACCCCUGGCGGCCGAGAGUCCUCAAGCCCGGCAGCGUGACCAAGUUUGGACGCGCGGUGCUGGGGACUCCGGUCGCGGUCACGGUCUUGGUCGCGGUCCCGGCCUUGGCGGGUCCCUGGCCAGGCCCGGGCCGCUGAAGGGAGGGGGAACCCUCAGCCGCCCACUGAAGCUCCAGACGGCUGGACCCCGAGGGGCAGAAGAGGAGCUCUGGGCGUGACCCCGACUCCUCCCUUGCCAGCCCCUGGACCAGUCGCAGCGGGGGAAGCCCCAGCCCCAAGUCUCUGUGUGUUGCUUUAUUAUUUUUUCUCCUAUGUGUGGGUUUUUUCUUGGAGCUGUUUCAUAGGAAUUCCCGUAAUAAAGACUUGGUGUUCUCUUGGU